GGAAAAAUCGAGCAGUUCAGCAUCAAUGGACCAAAUCGAUCGUAAAGUUAAAUGCAUCGUCACGGACUCACGAGCACUGCGAAUCUGUAUCCUAUUCCAACUUCUUCAAGAAAUUCCAGUUCUCGAUGCAUACGAAGCAAUGUGCAAGGCAUUUGGUGAGCAGUUCAUGGAAUACCUCCAUUUUGAAUAUUGGUAUAUGGGACUUUCAAAUGGAAGUCUGAACUUGGACUCAUAUGAUAGAUUUUAUUCAUCAGAGAGGAAAGAAUGGAAAUCUGUUACGAACUACCUUCAAACAAUGAUUCUGGAUAAACUGAACCCAAUUGAUCGGUUUACUGCAGGUGCGGUUUGUUGUAGUUUUAAAUCUAUAAUCGAUUAUCAACGUUCUAACUUGAAGAAAUUUCAUAUUUUUCAAGAAGAAAAUAACGUUUCUUUGUAUAUGAACGAUAACCUUGUGACCUAUGAAUUGGACGAUGAUGACUGCCUUGUGACUUAUGAAGAACGGGAGCUUCUUGUUAAGAACAAACGGCCAUUGGAGGUUGCUAUGAAUGAUGCAUCAAGACUUUUGAAGUGCAGAGGAUUAAAUCUGGAUUAUUUCUACGUUAAUGGAGUUAAGGACGAAGGGCUCAUUUUAUUUGAUGCUCUUAAAAAUGUACUUCAAUCAGUUGGAGUCUUGACGACAAAAUCAGUAUUGAUCAAUUGGCUUCCUUCUGUUCAAAUUGCUGAAAUUCUAGAACACUUCAAUACUGAAAUUUUAGAGGACUUGACAAUUAAAAGUAGCGAAUCCGAUGAAAAUUCCAUAAAACGUCUGGUGCGCCUUGAACAAUGGAAACAAGCAAAGACUCUGACAUUGUCUCCUGUUCCACAUUAUUCACUUAUCGUCAAGCAUCUUGCUCACUUCCAAUCACUGAACUUUGACUUUUCUGAGGAAGCUUUCUCAGAAAAUGAUAUCACCAGGCUUCGAGAUGAGGUUGUUCUGGAAUCAACCAAGUUUGAAUAUUUUACUUGCGAAAGAGUGCAAUUUGAUGCAACACAUCUCCUUAGAGUUUUUGAUUCACACUCCGCUCUAAAUAGUUUGUCUGGAUCAAUUGUUUAUAAAUCUAGAAAUGUAACAUUCGACAUUGCUUAUCAACCGGAUGGUUUCAGUAUCAAGAAGAGAAUCGACUAGCAACAUCGAACUUGUGAAUAUUAGUAUAAUAAUGUGUUAAUCCUCUAUGAAACUGUUU